GCGAAAUCCCAUGUCGUGGUGAUGGUGGAUCUUCACUCUGAACCACUGUGAAAAAGCGCAAGCAUCAUCAUUUCCAUUUCUCAUUUCCUUCCAAUUCCCAAUUUGUUUUCUUCCCUUCCAUUUUGAAUUCUUGAAACAAACAACCGCAAAAAAAAAAGAAAAUUUGUGAUGAAAUUAUUGACGACGCCCCUCUCUUUCUCAGCCCAUCAAUGGCAAAUUUCCUAGGUUUUUGGCAUCCACGAACACAUACACCUUUAUUGCACAUAUAUCAUAACACAAUGUAUAUGUGUAACUGAAGAUCCCAGCUUUUUCCCCCCUCUAAUCAUAAUGUGUGUUUGUGGUUUUUGCAAUUUUGUCCCCUCUCCUCAAUUUGGGGAAUCCUAGGUUUUUAUCUGUUGAUUUCUUCGGAUUUUUUAGCCCUUGAAGGAUUGAUUCAGUUUCUCUCACUUUUGAAUUAUGGUUUCUGCUGCGGUGGGUUGUUCAUUGGAUUCUGGUUGGGUGCAGCUGAGGAAUUCUGGGGGUGCAUUGAUGAAUUUAUAGCUAUUUUGUUCAGAAAUUGUGUAGAGAUCUCGUAUUUUUGUGUAGUUUAUGCGAUUGUUUAGGAUAUUUCUCAAUUUAGGUUGGUUUUUUUCUCAGGUGCCCAAUUUUUUUUUUAAUCAUCAUUGGUUGUUAUUAUGUUUGUGGGUUAGGUUUUCUUUCAUUCCCUAUACUUUACUCCAAAAUGCCUUUAAUUUGAAGCACUAAAGUUUCAGUCUUUUUCCUUAGAGCUAUAUUCUUGAGCUUUUCCUUAGAUAAAUCCUCGAGAAGCCAGAAUGUGGAAACAAAUUCUUGGUAAGUUGCCUCGGAAAUCCCAGAAAUCAGAUUCUGAUUCUCCAAGAAGCCCUAGCCCGGGGCCGAAUUCGUCAUCUGCUGGCGGCCCUGCUGCGAAAAAAGCUUCGGCCGCAGUCUUUCCGGCCUGUGUGAUUGCUGGAAUCAAGCCGUUACAAGCCUUCAAGGACGUUCCGACCUCGGAGAAGAUGAAUCUUUUCAUAAGUAAGCUGAGCCUCUGCUGUGUAGUGUUUGAUUUCACUGAUCCCAUGAAGAAUGUUCAAGAAAAGGAGCUUAAACGAGCCACAUUGCUCGAGCUGCUUGAUUUUGUAUCGCAGUGCCCCCUGAAAUUCACAGAGCCUGCGAUUUUAGCUUCUUGCAAGAUGUGCUCAGUUAACUUGUUUCGUGUUUUCCCACCAAGUAUUCGGUCUAGUAGCUCGAAUUCAGGUGAGAAUGACAAUGAUGACGAGCCAACAUUUGAUCCGGCCUGGGCGCACUUACAGAUGGUGUAUGAUUUCCUGCUCAAGUUUGUGACUUCGCCCUCUUUGGAAACUAAAGUCGCCAAGAAAUAUAUCAAUUGCGCCUUUAUUCUGAAAAUCAUCGACUUGUUUGAUUCAGAGGAUCCCCGGGAAAGGGACUGUUUGAAGGCGAUUCUUCAUAGGGUAUAUGGGAAGUUCAUGGUUCAUCGGCCAUUUAUAAGGAAGUGUAUGAGCAGUGUGUUCUACAGAUUCGUGUUUGAGACGGAGAAACAUAAUGGGAUUGCAGAGUUGUUAGAGAUUUUUGGGAGUGUGAUCACCGGAUUCGCUCUGCCUCUAAAGGAGGAACACAAGAUCUUUCUUUCAAGGGUACUGAUUCCUCUGCACAAGCCAAAGUCAUUGGCGGUUUACUUUCAGCAGCUGUCAUAUUGUGUGAGCCAGUUUAUUGAGAAGGAACCGAAGCUGGCUGGUUGUGUGAUUAAGGGGCUUUUGAAAUAUUGGCCCGUCACGAAUAGCCAGAAGGAGGUGAUGUUUUUGGGUCAGUUGGAGGAGAUUCUUGAAAUAAUUAACAUGGCCGAGUUUCAAAAAGUCAUGGUUCCUCUGUUUUGGCGUCUUGGUCACUGCAUUAAUAGCUACCAUUUUCAGGUAGCCGAAAGGGCUCUUUUCCUGUGGAACAACGAUCAAGUGGUGAACCUAAUCGCGCACAACCGGCAAGUCAUUGUGCCAAUAGUCUUCCCAGCUCUGGAAAGAAACGCAGAGCACCACUGGAACCAGGCUGUCCUGAACUUGACUCUAAACGUGAAACGGAUGCUGGCAGAGAUGGACGACACAUUGAUUGUGGCCUGCAUUGCAAAUUACAAGGAGGACCAAGCGCGUAAAAAGUCGGAGGUGGAGAGACGGAAGGAAGUGUGGGAGCGUCUGGAGAAUGCCGCGAGUCUCCAGCCGGUGACGGGUAGGACUGCAGUUCUGGUAAACUUGGUGUAGAGUCGGCGUUGAUGAUUCUGCUUGCCUUGGGGGUUUUUGCGGUGGGGGAAACCGAGAAGGAGCCGUGUCGGAAUCGCUGUCGUUGGCAUGGUAAGGACGCCCAGCCUGGUGUUACAAACCCUAAUCAGAAUCUGCUGUUUCAAUGUUUAAAUGUCUAUUUCUCUUCCCCAGAAAGGGCAUGGGAAGGGUCUCUGCCUUAGUUCAUAUUUUUGCUGAACUAACUGUUGUUUGUUAGUCAUUUCCUUUUUCACUUUGUU